AAUACUUUUGUGCUUUGCUUGUAAUACAAAGUUGUGUGUAGAUCCGCGCUCAUUAAUUUUCAUUUUCAAAUAAAAAGUGAUUAAAAAAGUGCAAAAUUUAAAUAAAUAUCAAAUAUUUAAUUUACAAUAAGUGUAAUUUAACAGAUCUAACAAGAUGAAACGUGAAAAUAAUCAAAAUGAAGAUAGCCAAGAUGGUAGUGACAGCGGUAAUGGUGGUGGCAGCAACUCAAAUAACAAUAAUAAAAGAGCUCGCCGAAAUAAUGAUGAACAAUUGCGUUUAUUGAUUCCGAGCCGUAUUGCUGGUGCUAUUAUUGGUAAAGGUGGCCAACAUAUUCAAAAAUUGAGAACUACGUAUAAAUGUUUCGUAUCUGUCGACGAUUGCCAAGGCCCUGAACGUACAAUUCUGGUAUCGUCGGACUUUGAAUCAAUUGUAAGCAUUAUGAAAGAUAUUUUGAAGUAUUAUGAAGAGAGAGAUGGUGAAGUUGAUGUCAGAGUAUUGAUACAUCAAAGUUUAGCUGGAUGUGUCAUUGGCAAAGGUGGUUCCAAAAUCAAAGAAAUUCGUGAUAAAGUUGGAUGCCGAGUCCUUAAAGUAUUCCCAAGUACUGCACCACAAAGUUCUGAUCGUGUUGUACAAGUUAUUGGAAGACUUGAACAAACAGUUGAUGCUGUUAAAGAAGUUUUACUUUUGACAAAAGAUACUCCAAUCAGAGGACCAGUUAACAGUUAUGAUCCAAUUAAUUAUGAUGAUAUGUAUGCAGUAGAUUAUGGCGGUUAUGGUGUUCCUAGCCAAAAUGGUGGCUACAGAGAUCGUGAUCGUUAUGAUCGCGGACGUAGUGGUGAUCGUUAUAAUGAUCGCAGACGUGAUCGCAGUCGUAGUCGUGGACGUGAUCGUGAUUUUAUAAGUCCAUGGGCAAAUGAUGGACCGAUGAGCGGUGGUGGAUUUGGUGGUUUUGGUAGCGGUGGCGGUAAUAAUAGUGGUGGUUUCGGUGGUUUUGGACCAGGCGGUGGUGGUUUUGGUGGUGGAAAUGGACCAAAUUUCGGUUCAGGAGGUGGUGGUAAUUUUGGUAGUGGUGGCGGAUUUGGUAAUAAUGGUCCAAGCUUUGGUUCUGGCGGUGGAGGUGGAUUCGGUGGUGGAUCUGGAUUUGGUGGAGGUCAAGGUAGCGGUUUCGGUGGCGGUAAUAUGGGAAUGGGUAAUGGAAAUAGUAAUUUGGGUGGUAUGGGUGGUGCUAAUAGCGGUGGAGGUGGAUUUGGUAGCAGUGGCAAUAAUAUGAAUGGUGGAAAUAGUGGUGGAGGUGGUGGAGAUGGUAAAAAUAGUACACAAGUUACGAUUCCAAAAGAUCUUGCCGGCGCUAUAAUUGGUAAAAAUGGUCAAAGAAUAAGACGCAUAAGAAAUGAAUCAAAUGCUUACAUUACAAUAGAUGAACCAUUACCGGGUUCAAAUGAUCGUAUCAUCACAAUAUCUGGUACACCAAAGCAAAUUCAAAUGGCGCAAUAUUUAUUGCAGCAGAGCGUUUUAGAUUCCAGAAAAUAAAUGAAAAAAACAAAAAUUUUGGAUGAAUUUUCUUCUUUUUCGUCAAAACAACUUUAAAUGUAUCUUUUUAAAUAUAAGCAUAAAUACAAAAACAAAACAAAAAAUCUUAAUAUUUAAUUUUUGAAAUAAAUUUGACUAUAAUCAUGUCUUUUUUUUAUAAUGAAGAACGUAAGAAUUUUAUAAAAUUUUAUUUGAACAAAAAUAAUGGAAAACAAAUAUUUUUUCUCUUCUCAAACAAAGAAAAAAAAAUAUACACAAAAUAUAAUAAAAAUAUAUUCAAAUAUUUUUUAAAAAUCUAUGAUCAAAUCAAGUGAAAACAUUGACGACAUAAUCUCCAACUAAUGGAUUUUCAGUAUAUUUUACAUUUGAUUUUUUUUAGUAGUAAACUGUUUCCAAAAAAAAGAAGAUUAUUAAGUGUGGAAAUCAUUAUAAAAAAAAAAGAAGGAAAAUAUAGAAUAGAGAAGGGAAAAAAAAUAAAGAAUUUUAUUAUGUAUUUAAAAAAUUACUAAUUUAGAAUUAAAAAACAAAUUAAAUGAAAUUUUAGAAAUAAAAACUGACAACUACUCUAUAUGAUUAAAUUUUUUAAUCAUCCAAAAAAACAAAUUUAUAUUUGUAUUAAAUAUAUAUAUAUAUAUUAAUUAAAAAUAUAUAAUAAAAAUUAUAAAAUAAAAAAAAUUCAUUUCAUAUUAUUAAAAAACACAAAAACAAAAAGAGAAAAUUUGUCAAAUUAAUUUAAAUAAAAGAAGCAAAAAAAAAAACAAAAUUGAAUUUAUCUUCAAUAAUUACAAAAUCUGCUAUUUUUAAUUAUUUAAAACAUCAAUCAUUUUUAUAAAAGAAUGAAAAAAAAACAUUUUUUUUUUUUUUUUUUUGAUUUUAUAUAAUAUAAUAAUAAUUUUUAAAUUACGGGCAUUUAAUUUUAAGAACACAUAAUUUUUUUCAAUAAAAACAAUAAUGGUAAUUGAGAGAUAACAAUAAAAUAAAAGUUUAAAAAAAAAAAAAUUAUCAGUCAGUAAAAAAAAAUCAUUGUUUAGUCAAAUUUUAAUAUUCUUAAAAUAAAUAUAAGAAUGUUUUAUAGUCUAUCGAUAACCUCUUUUUAAUUUUUUAAUUAUAGUUUCUAGUUUAUAAGUUUUUGCUAAUGAGAAAAAAAUAAAUAAAAAAUUAUAUAUUAUAUAAAAAAUAAAAAAAAAAAAACAUAAUCAACAAAACACUAUAUAAUUCUUCCAUUUUCUAUCAUUUGUCAAAUUACUUGUUACUUUUUAUCUUUUUCUCUGUAAUCUUUUCAAUAUAAAAGAUUGUGGCUUCCUUUUAUAAAAUUUUAAAAAAUAAAUUUUAAAAUGAGUUUUUAAAUUCAAUUUUUGAACUUGAAGGUAUUCAAUAAUGGUAAAUUAAUUUUUUUGUAUCUAUUUGUUUCUUAAUCAGCAAAGCUUAAUUAAACUGAGGAGGUUUUCUUGAAAAAUUUUUUUUUGUAAUUUAAUUUUUUCUUUCAGUGCAUGUGCAAAUUAUCGAAAA